CGGCCAUUUGACGGAGAAACACGUAAUUGCCCUCUAUUUGCGCCCAAAAAUAUUGAAUAUUUUAAAGUUCUUACAGAUUCAAGAAGGGUCAUCAUGGUCUUCAAUUCAGAUCCAGGUGAAGGUACCUCAGAUGGUCGAGUUAAACGCAAGCGAAAACAAAAUCCAAGCAAAUCAAAGAUCAAAAUCAAAAUCGAAAACGAUGCCAAAGUGGAGCCAAUUGACGACGCGUAUUUGGUUCAGUACUCGCCACCACCAUCACCAAUCGAAGCAAGUGGCAAAAUUAAAUCAGAGAGCGAGAGCGAUGACGAACUGGAUUUGAAAAGCUUCCCUGAUUAUAUGAAAACAGAGAUCAAGACCGAGAAAGACGAAUGUUCAAAGAAGAAAUGUGUCGCUCCAACAGAUGGAAACUCAAAUAAAAAUGCUAGAGAUGACCACGAUGGUACGAAUGGAGCCAACUCGAAAGGAAAUGUAAAUGAUAACGAAGAACAGCAUCAAAGUAAGCUGAAAGCAACAAAGAAAAGAAGAAUGAAGAAAAAUGACAAACAAAAUGUCCAGUUUGAUUCAGCUGAAACAAAAGAUGGAAAAAAAUAUAAAUGCAAUUUGUGUAGUUAUUCUGCAACGUAUAAAUAUAUACUCAUGAGGCAUAUGCGAACCCACACAGGCGAAAAGCCUUUUGAAUGCGAAAUAUGUGAAAAGCCUUUUACACAAAAGCAUCAUUUGAAUCGACACAAGAAAGUCCAUGCCACCGAAUUUCCAUUCCAUUGUCUAAAGUGUCGUCGUGGAUUCAACAAGGAAGUUGAAAAGAUUGAGCACGAAAAUCAAUGCCAACAGCGUCAGUAUGAAUGCAUUGUAUGCAAAUACACCACUGUCAUUUCCUCCCAUUGA